ACACGGUUGCCUUUUCUCGGUUUUGAAGCUUAACCCGGUUAAGGAAAACUCACCGCCAGUUGCAGAGAGGCAUCGAGUCCGACGAUAGCGAUCAUUGGCCAGGGAAGGGAGAAAGAUGAGCGAAGAAAGCGGGAAGAGCCGAGGCGUUGCCGUCGCAGUCGGCGGUGAGCUGCCGCCCUCGCAGUACUACUAUGGCACGUUUCAGGGUGUUGCGAACUACCAACACGUGCCGCCGCCGCCGCCUCCUCAGUUGGUCGUCGGUUUCCCUCCGCCCGCCCCUUCGCCCGGCGCCUCUGCAAAUCCUCCUUAUUAUUAUUUCGGAUACCAAACUGUUCCAGGUUAUGCUGCUGCUGAUAUGGGAUUCAUGAGAGAGCAUCGCCUUCCUUGCUGUGGUAUUGGUAUCGGCUGGUUAUUGUUUCUAAUCGGCUUCUUUUUGGGUGGCAUUCCCUGGUAUGUUGGAGCUUUUAUUCUACUUUGUGUUCGGGUUGAUUACCGUGAAAAGCCAGGACUUAUUGCAUGCACUAUAGCUGCUCUUCUUGCUAUGAUUGCUUUCAGUCUUGGUGUGACAAAGGCAACUCGGGUCUGGUGAUGGAUGCAGACUACUAUUAAAGCUCAUUGUAUAUUCCUGGUCAAGAGUCCUAAAAACAUACAUUUGUUUCACCGAAAAUUUGAUAUGUAAAUGUUUUAUUGGGUGAAAGCUACUUCGGAACUGUAAAGGCAAAAUCUUGACACUGAAGAUGUUUAUAUCAAUUUCAUAUCAUUACUUGCA